UACUAUUUAAAUAACUUGUAUUUUAGUUAUUUACAAUAGUAUGCAAACCGAUGACUCUGAAUUCUUUGAGACUUUUGAUGCGUUUUAUACACUACUCCAAAAUCCGAAUGUUAGUAAGCAGGUAACAGUAGAAAAUGUGACACAAACUUUUAAUUGUGCUCAUUUUAUCGAGGCUGCAAUUGCAAAAGUUCAAGCUGAAGGGAAAAUAUGCGAUUUGGAAAAGUGUUUACAAGAAUACCGAAGAUUGGAAGGAAAAUCACUUUCACACACCUGUUCUGAUUUGGCUAAAGCAUGCGACAAAUUAUUAGAACGUUACUUGAAGGAUAGUCACCUCCCUACUGAGAUAGUUGAUGAAUACUUGAAACUAUAUACACAGCAUUUAGGAUAUGACAGACUAAAUGUCUUCUUGAAGCAGUUAAUGAAUAAUUCUAUUUCUGUAAAUAUAAUUCUAGAGUCUCUAGAGGAAUUAGGAGUAUCAUUAUCCCAUAUAGAAAAUGAAGCAUUAAUUAUGUCAUGGGAGAUGGCAAUAACUGCUGGAGAUGAAAGUGGAGUAAUAAAUUGCAUAAAUGCAAUGAUAAGUGAUGAUCAAGUUUCAAGAUUGGUUUGUUUAAUAACUGAAUUACAUGAUGAUAAUGUAAUUAAGAAAUUGGUUCAGGAGAUUUUUACUUUAAAGUUGAUUGAAAAUCAUCCUGCGAUAUGUAUAGCUUUUACAGAUAUUAAAAAGGAAUUACUCUUAAAAUUACUUCAAGAUCACAAUUUAUGUACUAAUUUUAUUGAUGCUAUAUUUUACUUUGGCCGAAAUAUGCAACAAAUAGAUGGAGAUUGGUUAUCGGAUUACAAUUUUAAAUAUGAACAUCUGUGUAAAGUAAUCAAAAUUUUAUUAAAUGGUCCUCGUGUAAUUUAUGAACUAGUAUAUAAUAGACUAUCUAUUGCUAAAACUCAACCAGACAAUGAAAUAUGGAGUGAUAUUGAAAGAUUUGUCUAUGAUUCUGCAGAUCUUAUAUAAAUUGUGAUAUUAUAAAUUGUAUGUUUUAUACUAUGAUAUAAUUCUGUAAAAAAAAAAAAAUAAAUUGUACUGCAAAUAAAUUCGUUUUGUUAACAGAAAAAAUGCCAGU